UUUUCUUUCUUUGUGUUCUGAUUCCUUAGAUUGAUUUGUAUUAGAUUCUCACCCCUUCUGUCCUGUCCUCUCUUUUUGUGGUAGACGUCCUUUCCCUCAUUCUUUGUUUGUUCUGGGUGGUCGGUGUUUCUUAUCAGGAGUUUACUUUGUUUAAGCGGACCUCAUUUUCUCUCUCUUUCCCUUACCUACAUCAUUCAAACCUCCCCAUAAUUUGUCUGUUACGGAUACCCGCUCGAGAGCCAACGGGCAAUUCACUGCAUACUCCAUCGACGCUCUCACAUUUGUCCCUUGCUGUUCCCUGAAAUUGUGUCUCAGGGUUAGUGAAAGGGGCCCUCUCGUGUCAGUAUAUAGUCGAUCUGCGGAAUCUCCGAUCGUCCUGCAUUAUCUCUCUAUAUUCGAUUCGCGACACCAUGUCACCACGUGAGGCUGCGACACUUCCCUCCCGGCGACGUCCUUCGCUUUCCUUCAGACCUCGACCACGGACGGCUACCUCGUCGACCCAUCAAACAACCCGUGUAGAAAACGACGUAUGGGGUGGAGGGUCAGCUGUCGAUACAGCCGAUGAUGAGGGGCAGGUGUUGGAGGAAAUGAAUCAUUUCCCUGAGCCUGCUCCCAGGCGCCGAGAAGCGAGAAGCUUCUCAAGCCUACGUCAUCCUGUCGAUGGCUUGCGCGCCCUCGGCCGCCGCUUGUCGGUCACGAUCCGGAAUAAAUCUUCCAGGCAUUCGGCUCAUCACCACCAAGAUGACCUGGGCGACUUGAACCAUGAGCCGGAGUUUACGCCUAGAAAUAGGCAUUCAUGGUGCAAGGGUACCGGUGUCGAUCGCCGAUUGUCUCAUCACAGCGUAUCGGCACUGCACGGCUUUCAUGCACCAACGGCUCCUGUCCAUGAUCCGAUUCCAGGCAAUGGUUCGGAGCCCCCCGUUAUUUCGGACGAUAUCUAUGCAGGCGCAGCCGCUCGGGCGGCCGCUGCGGUCCAGAAUGAGCUGUUCAGGGCCGAGAGGGAUGGUGCAAAGUACUCCGACUCGGGACUGACGAGAGAUUCGGAGAGCGGUAUUGGUAUCGACCUGCGUGACCGCUCCGAGCUCUCUGACAUGGAUCUGGCCUUUUUGCGCUUAGAUCCGGUGACUCAUCUACCACCAGAGGUCAUGUCACAUAUCUUUACUUAUCUCGACCCCCAAUCUCUCAUGCAAUGCGAAUCGGUCUCUCGCGCGUGGAGUGAGCAGGCCUCCUCCCGGCAUAUCUGGAGACAUGUGUUCCGUCACACCUAUGGACAUAGUCGUCCUGUCGGCACCUCGAAGAAAAAACGAUCUGCUGGUUUAGGAAAAUCUCUCCCAGACCAGGACUGGAAGAGAAUGUUCCUUGUUCGCCGUGCGCUGGAGCAGCGAUGGAAGGAAGGCAAGGCUGCUGCUAUUUAUCUCCACGGACAUAAAGACAGCGUGUAUUGUGCACAAUUUGAUGAGUAUGUCAUUCGGCAAGUAAAUUAUUGUCAUCGACUAACCACCUACAGGGACAAAAUCAUUACGGGAUCCCGUGAUCGAACCAUCAGAGUGUGGGAUGCACAUUAUCCUUGGCCAUGCCGCAAGAUUAUCGGACCUCCUCCAGGAGAUAUCGCUGGUAUUGGGCCUGUUAAUAACAUGUCCCAGCAGUCAUCUGGGAAGCCACCUUUUCUAACAAUUUGCCCCCCACCGACGCUCUCCGCUGGGAUUACUACUCCGGUUGAACAAGCUUCAGAGUACCAUAGCGCAUCCAUCCUUUGCCUUCAAUUCGAUGACGAGAUCAUGGUCACGGGGUCAUCUGACUAUACCUGCAUUGUAUGGGACAUUCAGAAUGACUAUCAGCCUAUUCGGCGCCUAGAAGGCCAUCGGGCAGGUGUGCUGGAUGUGUGCUUUGAUGACCGUUAUAUCGUCUCUUGCUCGAAGGAUACCACCAUCUGUGUGUGGGAUCGACAUACUGGGGCUCUCCUUCAAAGGCUUGUGGGCCACCGGGGCCCUGUCAACGCAGUUCAGCUACGUGGCGAUUUAAUUGUCUCUGCGAGCGGAGACGGCGUCGCCAAAUUGUGGAACAUAACGUCUGGCCACUGUGUGAAGGAAUUCCACAGUAAAGAUCGCGGACUUGCAUGCGUUGAGUUUAGUGAAGAUGCCAGGACUAUCCUCACUGGUGGUAACGAUCAAGUUAUAUAUCAGUUUGAUGCAAACACCGGUGACAUGGUCAAUGAGCUGAAAGGUCAUGAAGGGCUAGUCCGGUCUCUGCACCUGGACAGUGCGGGACAGCGGAUCGUCAGCGGAAGUUAUGAUAUGAGCGUUAAGGUCUUUGACGCGCAGACCGGGGAGUUGUCGAUUGACCUACCAGGCUGGACCACCAGCUGGAUGUUGAGUGUGAAGUCGGACUAUCGACGCAUCCUGGCCACGAGCCAGGAUUCUCGAGCUGUCAUCAUGGACUUCGGCUAUGGACUAGAUGGCAUUGAAUUGCUAGAGGAAUAGAUGGGACACAACCCUAGACAUAUAUUUGCUCUUUAUGCUCCAUUACAGGAAAAGUUCCGGGUUUAGGGAGUUUAUACGGUUAAUCAUUUGGGAUUUCCGCUUGUGGCAACUUGCUUUAUACUGUUUGCACUUUUUUUGCGCCUUUUUGGAUAUAAUUCUUUGGGAUACACAUUGACUAGCGAUAGAGCGUUGAUACUUCAAAAGAAUUUUGCUUUGCUUUCUCA